CUGGAGAGUCAGGAGGCUGAGGACUAGAAAAGAGAGUGAGUAAUCCUCAAUGACAUCAGGAACCCAAAGAUGGCAAGCUGCCAGCCUGGACUGCCAGUAAUAGCCAGAACUGUGCUGUGGCUCUGAACCUAUAGCACAUCUUCCCCUACCCCAUGAGAAGUGGUGGUGGAGAUCCAGAAUGCCUUGGUAAGUGGAAGUCCUGACACUUCAAGACAUGGAGUCAUCUUUCUCAUUUGGAGUGAUCCUUGCUGUCCUGACUGUCCUCAUCAUCGCUGUUAAUGCACUAGUGGUCGUGGCUAUGCUGUUAUCAAUCUACAAGAAUGAUGGUGUCGGUCUUUGCUUCACCUUGAACCUGGCGGUGGCUGACACCUUGAUUGGUGUGGCUAUCUCUGGCCUAGUCACAGACCAGCUCUCCAGUUCUGCUCAGAGCACACAGAAGACCUUGUGUAGCCUUCGGAUGGCAUUUGUCACUUCUUCCGCAGCUGCCUCUGUCCUUACGGUCAUGCUGAUUGCCUUUGACAGAUACCUUGCAAUUAAGCAGCCCCUCCGUUACUUCCAGAUCAUGAAUGGGCUUGUGGCUGGGGCCUGCAUUGCAGGACUGUGGUUGGUAUCUUACCUUAUUGGCUUCCUCCCACUUGGAGUCUCCAUAUUCCAGCAGACCACCUACCACGGGCCCUGUACCUUCUUUGCUGUGUUUCACCCAAGGUUUGUGCUGACCCUCUCCUGCGCUGGCUUCUUCCCAGCUGUCCUCCUCUUUGUCUUCUUCUACUGUGACAUGCUCAAGAUUGCCUCCAUGCACAGCCAGCAGAUCCGAAAGAUGGAGCAUGCAGGAGCCACGGCUGGAGCGUACCGGCACCCUCGGCCUAUCAACGACUUCAAAGCUGUCCGUACUGUGUCUAUUCUCAUUGGGAGCUUCACUCUGUCCUGGUCCCCCUUCCUCAUCACUAGCAUUGUGCAGGUGGCCUGCUCUAAGUGCUGCCUCUACCAAGUGCUGGAACAGUACCUGUGGCUGCUCGGUGUUGGCAACUCCCUGCUCAACCCACUCAUCUAUGCCUAUUGGCAGAAGGAAGUAAGGCAGCAGCUCUACCACAUGGCCUGGGGAGUGAAGAAAGCGUUCACUUCAUUCCUCCUCCUUCUCUCAGCUAGGAAUGGUGGUCCAGAGAAGCCCAGAGGAAGUUCCUGUCACAUCGUUACUAUCUCCCACCCAGAGCUUGAUGGCUAAGUUGGUAAGGAAGGAGUUUCAAAGCGUUUUUCCUAUUCCCACUCUGGAUUCCCAACUAAG